CCGAACAGCUUGCCAUAGCAGGGCUUCGGGGUUGUGAGGCUGGGUCGGCAGAGAGGAGCAGGAAGUGGGAGCUGAGUGGGAGGAGGGACGGAGGGAGCUAGCCGCUGAGUAGCAACGGCUAGUGACGGAGUGAUGAGUGACUGGAACGGGAAGAAGAAGAGAAGUGGAGAAGCUGGGGCCUCGAGGAGUUGACCUGGAAACGGACUUGAAUAACUGGUCAGGAGCUCCUGGCACCAGGGAUCGAUGAGCGAGCUUGUGAAUGGAUACAGGCUCAUACUCAGAUGUGGCUCCCUCUGCUGACGGGACACUGUCCUGCACAGCCAUCCUUGCUGACAAACCAGGCCGUGCAGUAGGCUCAACAAGAGAAGAACAAUCUUCAAAGUCCUUUCCCUGAAGAAUCUUUUGAGUCUUCAACAAGUCACGACGGUUGCGCCUCAACGUCUGGCCAUCUUCGGACCUGACCACAUAGGAUCUAGGGACCAACUUCCCCAAAAACAGCAGCUCUCCUACUCCAAAGAUUGGAAUCCUCAACUCUCACGAUAUUUUCUUCUUAACCCCAGAUCCUGGGGUACCCCAUGAGGGACUUUGAAUGGGAGAGUGGUCCUCAAUCUUCAUCCCAUCAGAAGCUCAGCAGGGGACACACCAUGUUCAAGGGCUGUUAGCUAAACACGGCUAAAGAAAACCUGCUACCACUUCAGGAUCAUCCAUCAGCUGGGACUGCUUCAUCAGCAUGGACACAGAUGUUCAGCAGCUGGUGCUGGUUAAAGAAGAAGCUCCUGGUGAGGACCAGCAGGACGCAGAACACCUCCACAUAAAUGAGGAACAGGAGGAACUCUGGACCAGUCUGGAGGGAGAGCAGCUCCAUCUGAAGGAGGAGACUGAUGCUGGCAGGUUUCCAGUCACUGUAGUUACUAUAAAGAGUGAGGAUGAUGAAGAGAAACCUCUGAUCUCACAGCUUCAUCAGCAGCAGAUAGAAGACAGAGAUGUUCCAACCAUUAGCUUAGCUGGUGGAGGAGCAGAAACUAGCAGGAACUCUGAUCUGAACCCUCAUGAACAGACAUCUGAUUCUUCAGAGACUGAAGUUAGUGGAGAUGAUGAAGAGGAUGAUGUGAAUCUAGACUCUGUGCUGCCGGACUCUGGGUCUAAAACUGGAGUUGGAGACGAUUACUGGAAUGAGAGCAGGUCUUCUGAGUCAGAUGUUAGGAUUGUGAACAAAUCCUUUAGCUGUGCUGAGUGUGGUAAACAGUUUCUCCACAAGAGGUCUCUCCAGAAACACGUGAGAGUCGCAGGUCACUCAGCAGUAAGGUCUUCAGGCUGUUUGCUUACUAAGAAAUAUGUUAGAGUGAAGCAACGUGUAGACUCAUGCCGGAGAGUCCAGAAAGAACUAAAACCAUUUAGUUGUGACGUCUGUGGUAAAGUAUUUAUGGGAAAAUAUAGUUUACACAGACAUAUGAGAGUCCACACAGGAGAGAAAGCAUUUGUCUGUGAGCUCUGUGGAAAGAGAUUUAGCCAAAAGACACAUUUAAACACUCACAUGAGAGUCCACACAGGACAGAAGCCUUUUGUCUGUGAGCUCUGUGGACAAAGAUUUAGUCAGAAGACAAGUUUAAAGAGACACAUGAUUGUCCACACAGGACAGAAGCCUUUUGCUUGUGAAUUCUGUGGACAAAGAUUUUGUCGAAAGACAAGUUUAGAGAGUCAUUUGAGAGUCCAUUCAGGGCAGAAGCCUUUUGUCUGUGAGCUCUGCAUACGAAGAUUUAGUGAAGUGGCACAUUUAAACCGUCACAUGAAAGUCCACACAGGACACAAACCUUUUGCCUGUGACCUCUGUGAAGAGAGAUUUAGUGAAAAGACACGUUUAAUCAGUCACAUGAAAGUCCACACAGGACAGAAACCUUUUGCCUGUGAGCUCUGUGGACAAGGAUUUAGUCAUAAAACAAGUUUAAACAGACACAUGAAAUUCCAUACAGGAGAGAAACAUUUUGCCUGUGAGCUGUGUGGACAAAGAUUUAGUCGGAGGGCACAUUUAAACAGACACGAGUGUCUACACAGGACACAAAGAACUCCUGCAUAGGUGUGGUUAGU